UGUCCACUUCACUCUCACUGCCCUCUACUGCCCUCCUCGAUUCUUGUAGUAGAAACUAAAUUUUUUUUACUAUUACUCCUCUCUGUCCUAUCACCACCGUCACCGCCACCAUCAACUCUCAAAACCCUAACAAAUUUUCAAAUUCAAAUUCUUAAUCGUUAAUUUCAAAAUCAGGUAGGGUUUUUUUUUUUUCCUUUUCUCUUUUGGUGUGGCGAAGAUGGUUGUGCAGUCACCGAAAUGUGUACAGGAGAGUAGUAUUUCGAACGGAGAGGUGAGUUUGAGGACCGAUUCGGAGUUUCAGAAGAGGGUGAGUCCGAGGCUCAAGGAGAAGCAGCGAGUCGAGAAGGAGCUUUUGGUUCGGCGAAGAGUGGAGCUCUUGGAUGACAACGAAGAAGUUGUAGCAUCAGCAGUAGGAGGAGGAGGAGGAGGAGGAAGCGAAGAAAAAAGCAGCGAGAAGAAGAAGAAGACCUAUAAAAGGAGGUGUAUUGGUGGAAAUAUGAAUCAAGAGGAAGAGAAGAAGGUUAAUGGAGAGGUGGCGAAGAGCGCCGAAGAUUCCGAGGCCGGCAAUGGCGCCGUUAAAGGCGUGGUGGCUGAGAAAAGUGACAUUGCUAAGGUCAAGGAGACUAUCAGAUUGUUUAACAAGUACUACCUCCUUCUUGUUCAGGAAGAGGAAAAGAGGUGCAGAAAAGUCGAAGCCGAUAAGAAAGCCUCUAAAGUUUCAAAAUCUAAGAAAAAAGAGUCAAAAGCAACCAAAGGCUCGAAAUCUAAGAAACUGGUUGUCCCUGUCCUUCCGGAAGAUACAAAGAGCAAGGCCAAGCGACCUGAUUUGAAGGCCAUAUCUAAGAUGAUGGAGAAUGGUGAAAUAUUGUACUCUGAGAAAAGAAUUGGUAAUAUUCCAGGCAUUAGGGUUGGGCAUCAGUUCUAUUCACGGGCUGAAAUGGUUGCUGUUGGUUUUCAUAGUCACUGGCUGAAUGGCAUUGAUUAUAUGGGGCAGAAUUACAGCAAAUUGGAGGAGCACAAGGGCAAAACAUUCCCACUAGCAGUUGCCAUUGUUUUGUCUGGCAUGUAUGAGGAUGACUUGGAUAAUGCUGAGGAUGUUUUAUAUACGGGUCAAGGUGGACAUGAUUUAACUGGUAAUAAACGUCAAAUUCAGGAUCAAAAAAUGGAACGUGGAAAUUUGGCACUCAAGAACUGUGUGGAACAGAAAGUUGCUGUAAGAGUCAUUCGUGGCCAUGAAUCUAAAAGCAGUUACUGCGGCAAAGUUUACACGUAUGAUGGCUUGUACCAGGUUGUUCAUUACUGGGCAGAGAAGGGUAUUUCUGGAUUUACCAUAUUUAAGUUUCGCCUAAGGCGACAAGACGGGCAGCCACUAUUGACCACUAACCAGGUUCAGUUUUCUUAUGGGCGUGUGCCGCAGUCUGUUUCAGAAAUACGUGGGUUGGUGUGUGAGGACAUCACUGGUGGUCAAGAGGAUAUUCCCAUUCCAGCUACAAAUUUGGUUGAUGAUCCACCUGUUGCACCCACAGGUUACAAGUAUUGCAAGUCUAUACAAGUUGCAAAAAAUGUGAAGCUUCCCACAAAUGUCCCUGGGUGCAACUGCAAUGGAAAAUGUGUGGACCCCAGGACUUGUGCUUGUGCUAGGCUUAAUGGCUCAGACUUUCCUUACGUAUCUCGUGAUGGUGGCAGAUUAAUUGAAGCCAAGGAUGUUGUCUUUGAAUGUGGUCCAAAUUGUGGCUGCGGACCAGAUUGUUUGAACCGUACAUCUCAGAGAGGGCUGAAGUAUCGACUUGAGGUUUUCCGCACUCCAAAGAAAGGGUGGGCUGUUCGAUCUUGGGACUUCAUACCUUCUGGGGCACCAGUUUGUGAGUACACAGGAAUACUUAUGCACACAGAGGAUACAGAUAGUGUCUCUGAGAAUAAUUAUAUUUUUGACAUUGAUUGCUUGCAAACAAUGAGGGGUCUUGGUGGAAGAGAGAGGCGAUUUGGAGAUGUAUCUGUACCAACAAUCAUUUCUUCAGACAGACAUGAUGAUCUGAGAUCAGAAAGUGUGCCAGAGUUUUGCAUCGAUGCAGGUUCAACCGGAAAUAUUGCCAGGUUUAUUAAUCACAGUUGUGAGCCUAAUCUUUUUGUCCAAUGUGUUUUGAGCUCACACCAUGACAUCAAGCUUGCUCGAGUAAUGCUAUUUGCAGCAGACAAUAUACCUCCUUUGCAGGAACUGACGUAUGACUAUGGCUAUGCCCUUGAUAGUGUGUAUGGUCCAGAUGGAAAGAUAAAACAGAUGGCUUGUUACUGUGGUGCACCAGAUUGUAGAAAGCGGUUAUUCUAGGUGCUUAAUUGUGAUGAACACCUCUUCCUGUCAGCUCUUUUGGUGAAACAUUGGUUUGCCCUAACAUUUUGUACACUGUGACUGUUCGCUGAUUUGAAUUAUGUAACCAACUACAUCCUGAGUCCCCUUUUUUGGUGGUUCGUACAUCAUUUUUACUCUUAGGUUCCCCUGCGUCCGUAGCAAGUUGCCUAUAUAUGGAUUCUGUAACUGAGGGACUAAGAAAAAAACUCUUGAUAUAGAAAUUCUUGAUGAAAAUCAAUGAAAAAACAUUAAAGUUGAUACAAAUGUGGUUACAUACAAUUUAAUUAGAUUUUAAGAUUCUCUCUUUUUCA